AUGGAAGGAUUGAGCAGCCUGAGGUGGGAUGAGAUGGGCGAUCCAUCUGCCCUCCCAGAUUGGCUCAAGGAACCUGCGGCCGAGAAGAUGGACCUCAAGGAAGAUGGUCGACCUACACCUCCAGGUAUCGACCCGGCGCGCUUCAAGAUCAUCCGAAUGGAGGGCGUGCAAAUCCGCGCGCUCAUCGGCAAGGGUGGUGAAACCAUCAAGGAGACCGAAGAUGGGGAGGAUAUCAGGUUGCGCAGCGGUGCAGACAUCAAGAUCGACCACUUGCCGUCGGAUCCCGAGGGCAAUGUCACCAUCGUGGGGGAUGUGGAUAAGACGGAGGUGAUGAUCAAGGAGGCCUUGGCCACCAAGGGCUGCCCCUUGGUUCCAAAGCCACAGGUUCCACCACCGCCAGAUGGCAUGCCCGGGAUGCCCGGUGUGGGCGGAAUGCGUGGCGGCCAAGGGCCUCCGCCACUUGAGCCGAAUGAGAACGAGGUCAUUGUUCCCGGUGACAUCGUUGGGAGCCUCGACUUGGGAGCACGUCAUGGAAUUCUCGAGAAUCGAUCUAGGACAGGACGUCUCUACACCUCGUCAUCUCGUGUGGGACAUUUGAUUGGCCCCAGCGGUGCCACCAUGAAGGCAAUGACCGAUUCAGAGGAGCUGCGACUGCUGUGGCAGUUGCAGCAUGUCGGACAUGAACUGGAAGAAAGGGUUCUGGCCCUCCUGCGACUCUUGAAGACCAAGGAUGACAAGAAGAUCAAGGAAGUCGGAGAGGAGAUCGCAGACGCAGCCUGGGACAAUGAGCCCUGGUUCGAGCCGGACCAAUUCAUGGAGAUGUUCACUAUCUGGUUGGACGCCUGCAUUGCUGGGCGUGACAAGGCCGUUCUGGAGGUCACGGCCAAAGCUCUACGCUUCAGCAAAUUUGAGGAAGUGGAACAUCCCGACUUGCCGAAGGUGCUGAAGAAGGUAAGCCAGGCACUUGCAAAGCCUGGGGCGGAGCAUAUGGAGACUCUGUGUUCCGUUCAGUUCGUGCCUCUGAAGUUUUCUGGAAACAUGGAAGUGUAUCCCGUCCUCACAGAAUUGAUGCAGAACGAGAAAGUGGACAUCAUCAACGACGCCAUGGAGGUGGUUUUUGGCUCGACCUUCGUGCAGCUCAACGAGAUGCCGGACGAGGAGGCCACGGCGGUGCUGAAGAUGACAGUGGACUUUGCCAAGUUCGUCAAGGCCCAGCUGUCGAAGUACAAACCCGGAGAUACGACCACCUCUACGAGGUUGAGGAACCGCUUGGCUUAUUUGAGCAGUCUUUUCCAGGCUGCAUUCAUUUUCUGUACCCAUCUGCAGAUCAACCCCAAGGACUUUCCCAAUGCGCAGAAGGAGAUUGCUGUGCCCACCCUGGUAAUGGAGCUGAAAGAUGCGCUGGAGGCCCUGAAGCCUAAGCCCAAGGAGCAGGAAUUGAAGGAAAAACUGAAGGAAAUUCUUGAUAUGAUGGCGAACUUACUGGGCUCUAUGCCCAAACCAGCUGCUGGAGCUUCAGCAGACCCCCUGAAGGAUGCUCAAGCAUAUCAAAAGAGUCUCGGCACUGCCAAAACCUCCGAUGAAUUGAAUGGAACCUUGAAGAUGCUGAUGAGCAGCACGGAGAAGAAAGUGCUGGACCUCCUUUUUUCGAAGGAUGGAUUUGAUGCGAUCUUCAAGGCUCUUGCAAAGGUCAAGAAGGCCGACACCGACCAGGUCUAUCGCACCUUCUCAGAUGCCUGGCUUUCCUAA